AACACAGGAAGAGAGGGAGUGUUCAGUAACGUUAGGUCUACUGCAGGGAAGCCUCCGUUACCAGUUAGCAAACAGCUAGCAUAGCUCGUUAGCGCUGUCGUCCGGAGCUCAGCGUUUACAAUUUGAAAUCAGGUGUGGGGCGCUGAUGUGAAGACCAGUACAAGAAGGUGCACAUGAUAUCAGAAUGGAUGGACAGACUCAGAGGAUUCAACUUGUGUCAGCUGACAGCAACAUGGCAUUAGGACACAGAAUCCAGAUUGUAACUGACCCGCAGACUGGCCAAAACAUCCAGAUUGUCACCGCACUUGAAACAUCUUCCCCAGGAAAGCAGCAGUACAUCCUAGCAAAUACUGACUAUUCCCCAGGUGGGAAGGUAAUCUUAGCAAAGCAAGAAGGCUCCCCCAACAAGGUCAUCCUUUCCAGUCCAGACGGCUGUGGGAUUAACCAGCUGUUGUUUACGUCGCAUGACCUGGCUGGGCAGCAGAUUCAGUUUGUGACUGACGGUUCAGACCAGGCCAUUGUGAAGCCGGUUGUGGAGUACUGCGUUGUCUGUGGGGACAAGGCCUCAGGGCGUCAUUACGGAGCUGUCAGCUGUGAGGGUUGUAAGGGCUUCUUCAAACGCAGUAUUAGAAAGAACCUAGUGUACACGUGCCGAAGCUCCAGAGAGUGUGCCAUCAACAAGCUCCACCGAAACCGCUGCCAGUACUGUCGACUGCAGCGCUGCAUAUCUCUUGGCAUGAAACAGGAUUCUGUGCAGUGUGAGAGGAAGCCUGUUGAAGUGACCACAAGGGAUAAAUCUGUCAACUGUGCGGCCUCCACUGAGAAAAUCUACAUCCGCAAAAACCUGUGUAGUCCUCUGGCUGCCACAACCACUUUCAUGACUGACAAAGAAACUGCCAGGUCUACAAGUUUGCUUGAGUCAAGCAUUUUGCUCAACAUUCAACAACCCUUCUCCGAGAUGGAAAAUACUAUCUUGAUUCCACCAUCUCCUGACAAGCAGGUUGACCCAUCUCAGAGUGACCUCGGCACGUUGGCAAAUGUAGUGACGUCACUUGCCCACCUCACCAAAGCCAGGGAGGCAAGUGACAUCGGCACCGACCUGAUGGGAGAUGAAACGCUUAGCAACGGUGACAGCUCGAUGACAGACCUGCAAGGAGAUGGGCAAAGUGCAAGUGAUAUUACUCGAGCUUUCGACAACCUGGCCAAAGUCCUGCACCCUGGUGGUGGCCCAGCGGGAGAUUCCUUGGAGGCCAUGAUGCAGCUGAUGUCGGGGGUCCAGUCGGGUCCAAUAGUGGAGUUGGAGGGACCUAUACUCUCUGGCAGCCAUUUCCCCUUUAAGCUUAUGAUGCCUUUGCCUGUGCCAGAGUACCUCAAUGUCAACUACAUUUGUGAGUCAGCUUCCCGGCUACUUUUUCUCUCUAUGCACUGGGCACGCUCCAUUCCUGCUUUUCAGAUCCUGGGUGGUCAAGACAAUGACAUUAACUUAAUGAAAGCCUGCUGGAAUGAAUUGUUUGCCCUGGGUCUGGCACAGUGCUCCAACAUCAUGAAUGUUGGUACCAUCCUAAGUGCCAUUAUCAACCAUCUGCAGACCAGCUUACAGGAAGAUAAGCUGUCCCCAGAUCGAGUAAAACUAGUAAUGGAGCACAUCUGGAGAAUGCAGGAGUUCUGUAACAACAUGAUCAAGCUGUCCCCAGACUCUUAUGAAUAUGCAUACCUGAAAGCCAUUGUUCUCUUCAGUUCUGAUCACCCAGGCAUUGAUAACACACCACAGAUCGAGCGCUUUCAGGAGAAGGCCUACAUUGAGCUGCACGACUACGUAACCUCGUCCUACCCAGAGGACUCCUAUCGGUUAUCCAAGUUGUUGCUGCGUCUUCCCGCCCUCCGUCUGAUAAGUGCAGCUGUUACCGAGGAGCUGUUCUUCGCUGGGCUAAUCGGCAAUGUGCAGAUCGACAGCAUCAUCCCGUACAUUCUCAAAAUGGAGUCCACUGACUAUAACAGCCAGGUCGUGUCUGGAGUCUGACACGUCGUUCCAUUUGUAAUAGCAACUUUGGACUGUUGAAACUCGCCAGCCAGCCAAUCAGAGUGCUCCCCAGAGCCAAAAGUAAGUGGUCACAACAUACUGUAGUGGGGACUCGGCCUCCAAUGAGGAUUCUGUUUUCACUCGUACCUCGCUUUUUUUUUUGACUCCUCAGUAAGCAGUCAGUAGGGCACAACCCAAAAAGAGGACAAACAUAAAUCAACUUCAUGGGAAAAGUGAGUCUGCCAGUAUCUCCCCAUUCAGGAAUGAACCCUUGAAACCUGCAUAGUAGAAUGUGCUUUUUAUUGUACAUAGUAUUUUAUGCUUCAUCUUCUUCCAUCUUUAACUGUAUGUAGAUUUGUAUAUAGAGUGAACCAAGAAUUCUGAAAUGGGAAGCACUUGUUAAUUUCAUAUUAUGAACAAAUUAAUGUGAAUGGAAAGUGUUGUCAUUUGAAAAUAAAAAACAAAUACUUUUCAA